AUAUGUUGAUCUUCAACCUGUUGGCAUGGGGGCUUUUGGUUUAGUUUGUUCCGCAAAGGACCAACUUACCGGUACAAACGUUGCAAUAAAGAAGAUCAUGAAACCAUUUAGUACUCCUGUACUUUCAAAGAGAACAUAUCGUGAACUUAAACUAUUGAAACAUUUGAAACAUGAGAAUAUUAUUAGUUUAAGUGACAUUUUUAUUUCUCCGUUAGAAGAUAUAUAUUUUGUUACCGAAUUGCUAGGAACAGAUUUACACAGGCUUUUGACUUCUCGUCCAUUGGAAAAACAAUUUAUUCAAUACUUUUUAUAUCAAAUAUUGCGAGGGUUAAAAUAUGUCCAUUCUGCUGGUGUUGUGCAUAGGGAUUUGAAACCAAGCAAUAUUUUGGUUAAUGAAAAUUGUGAUUUGAAGAUAUGUGAUUUUGGACUUGCCCGUCUUCAAGAUCCACAAAUGACUGGCUACGUUUCAACAAGGUAUUACAGAGCUCCUGAAAUCAUGCUUACUUGGCAAAAGUACGAUGUAGCAGUUGAUAUUUGGAGUGCUGGUUGCAUCUUUGCUGAAAUGUUAGAAGGAAAACCUCUUUUUCCUGGAAAAGACCACGUCAAUCAGUUUUCAAUUAUCACUGAAUUACUUGGAACUCCACCAGACGAUGUAAUCCAAACUAUCUGUAGUGAAAAUACGCUUCGUUUUGUACAAUCAUUACCAAAACGUGAAAAAGUCCCUUUUUCCCAAAAGUUUACGAAUGCCGAAUCUGAAGCAUUGGAUUUACUUGAAAGAAUGUUAGUUUUUGACCCGAAAAAACGUAUUACUGCUGAACAAGCUUUGGCGCAUAAAUAUUUUGGAAAUCUUGCUAUUAUUAAAUUAAUAAUCUAUACAUGA